CCACCUGCACCGACACCUCACUACGCAUCUGUCCCUCAACCACCACCAUCGCCCCCCAUGGACGACUCAUCAUCAAAGUGCUCUCUUCCUUCCAUCUCGAACCUCCUCGGGCUCGCAGACCAAGGGUCACCUACCAGCGAGAACUACCCUCACCACCACGAGCAAUACCACCAUGAGUCGAAAACGGAAACCAGGCCAAGCUCAUCUCAUCAUAGCUCCGCCGUGCACCAGCAAUCCCGCUUCCCGCCAACACCGCCGAUGAGCAUGGACGCUUCCUUUGACGCCCACAACUCCCCUUCCACCGGGUCUAUCAGCCAUGUUACUACUGCUCCCCAUUCCGCCGUCCGCCCCCAGCAUCACCAGCAACAUCACCCGAACUACUACCACGAGACCACUCCUCCGCUGGAAGCAGACUCCGGCCAUCGUCCUCAUCCUCACCAUCAGCUCUUCCACCACCGCUCUCCAAGCUACCCGAGCCCGGCGCAGCAUCAACCACCCGCACCGCCACGCCUCUCCAUCCCUCAAACCAACCCCUAUCCUCCCUCGCAGCACCAGACCCCCAUCUCCGCCGCCUCUUCUUCCUAUGCACCUUCUCACAACCCCCUCUCCGCCACCAGCGCCGGACCUCCCCCUUGCUACUCAUCUCCCAUCCACACCACUCCUCCUCCCUCUUCUCACCCCGUGUCCGGUCUCUACUACCAAAGACCACUCCCACAAAACUUCCCCCCGCCACCACCGCCAGGCGUCGCCGGGACCAUGCUCCCAGCUCUUUCUGGCCCACCUCCCGCCGCCGCCGCCGCCUCUGGCCCCAACCCCUGGCAGCACCACCACUACAUCUCCCCGGCCGCCGCCGCCAGCUUCCCGCACAGCCAGGACCGCUACGUCUGCCCGACCUGCAACAAGGCCUUCUCCCGCCCCAGCUCCCUCCGCAUCCACAGCCACAGCCACACCGGCGAGAAGCCCUUCAAGUGCCCCCAUGCCGGCUGCGGCAAGGCCUUCAGCGUCCGCAGCAACAUGAAGCGCCACGAGCGCGGCUGCCAUAGCUUCGAUAGCGGGAGU